CCAGGCCCCGCCCCCUCCCACCUGAGGGGCGGCUGGAGGAGGGCCUGGACCGGGAAUGGCGGUGAACCAGAGCCACUCUGAGGACCGCCGGCGGCCCGCCAUCCCUCACGGAGAAAGCCUCCUGAUGGAGUGUGCGGAUGUGGACCUCUCCUUCCCACAGCAGCCACGGGGCUCCAGCCUCUUCAGCGGCACUAAGAGCGGGACACUGUUUCUCACUUCCUACCGGGUGAUUUUUUUGACUUCACAUUCAGUCAGUGAUCCCAUGUGGUCCUUCAUGAUGCCAUUUCAGCUGAUGAAAAAUUGCACCGUUGAACAACCAGUCUUUGGUGCAAAUUACAUCAAAGGAACCAUUCUUGCGGCUCCUGAUGGUGGCUGGGAAGGACAGGCGACAUUCAAAUUAGUCUUCAGAGCAGGCGGUGCCAUCGACUUCUCUCAGGUGAUGGCAGAGGCGGCCUAUGCUGCUUCCCGGGGAGCUCCACUUGGGACCACCGGCUACCAGAUUGGCCCCAUGAGGAUUUAUAUCAUCGCUCGAGAGGGGAGCGUGUACCCCCCACAGAUGCCUGGCCAAGCAAUGCACUAUGGAGCCCCGCCUCCCGGAUACACGGCCCUGCCGCCAGGCUACGGAGCCCCGCCCCCAGGCUAUGGAGCCCAGCCCCCUGGAUGCACAGCCUCGCCCUCGCCUCCUGGAUACGCAGCCCCUCCUGCUGGAUAUGCAGCCCCGCCUCCUGGAUAUGCAGCCUCUCCUGCUGGAUAUGCAGCCCCGCCUCCUGGAUAUGCAGCCUCUCCUGCUGGAUAUGCAGCCCCGCCUCCUGGAUAUGCAGCCCCGCCUCCUGGAUAUGCAGCCUCUCCUGCUGGAUACGGAGGCCAGUCCUCCAGAUUCGAAGCCCCACUUGUGGGAAAUGGAGCCUCACUAGGGGUGUCCGGAGCCAUGCCCCCGCUGGAUCUGCAGAUGGCGCCUCCAAACCUGGCAGCCCAGCGUCCUGACUAG